AUGGUUGCAGUCAAGAAGUUUAUCUACAAUGCAAAAGAAAAUUUUGCCAAAGAGUUGACCGUCCACCGUGACAGAGGCUUCGGCCCGUCUCCGCUGGACUGGGAGCAGCGGUCAGCCAUCUCACUUGCUGCUGCGCGUGGUGUGGAGUAUAUCCAUUUAGCUGGACCAUCAAGCUGUCAUGGCAACAUCAAGUCUUCCAACAUCCUGCUCACCGGCACCCACGAUGCAUGUGUGUCGGAGCAUGGCCUCAUAGCACUUGGCAGGUCUUCUAGUGUCUCCGGCUACCGCGCGCCUGAGCUCAUCAACAAUAGGCGGGUCUCUCAGAAAGCCGACGUGUACAGCUUCGGCAUCCUACUACUGGAGCUUCUCACCCGCAAGGCUCCAACAAAUAGCAGAAAGGAUCAGGAGGGAGUUGAUUUGCCACAGUGGGUGUGUUCCGUUGUACGCGAGGAGUGGACGGCAGAGGUGUUCGAUGUGGAGCUCAUCGGGCGAGAUCAGAAGGAUGGGGAAGAGGAGUGCAUGGUGCGACUUCUGCAGCUGGCCAUAAAGUGUUGCAGUCAAGAUGCCAACUCGCGGCCUACAAUGCCUAAAGUUGUGCAACAGAUCGAAGAGAUCGGAAGAGAAAGUAAACUAGCUCCAGCCAAAACACCAUCUCUGGAAAGCAGUAGCAGUAGCCAAAACGUGAGAAUUGUAGCUCCAGCUGAAAAGACGCCAUCACAAGAAAGGAGUGGCAGUACCCCAAAAACAGGAAUUGUGGCUCCAGCCAAAGCGCUAUCGCAUUUAAGCAUGUCUUCACAAGAAAGCAGUGGCAGUACCCCCAAAACAGGAAUUGUGGCUCCAGCCAAAGCGCUAUCGCAUUUAAGUAUACAAAAUGUGGGAACUUCUAUCAUUGGGUCGGCAAUGACAUGCCAAUUGUUCGACCUGAAAGACCUGAUUGGGGCAUCGACUGAAGUUCUGGGCAAGGGUACAGUCGGGACAACAUACAGAGCAACACUUGAUAGUGGAUAUGAGCUGGUGGUCAAGAGGUUGAAAGAUGUGGACUUGGGGGAGGCGAUCUUUGGGCGGCUUGUCAUGCUGUUUGGCACCAUCCAGAACAAACACGUAGCGCCACAGCUGUGGUAUUACUGCAGCAAGGAUGAGAAGCUGCUCGUAUAUAAUAUCAUCCCCAUGGGUAGCCUAGCAAAAGCACUCCACGGUGACCGAUUUUCUGGCCCAGCUCCAUUGGACUGGGAGCAGCGGUCAGCAAUCUCACUUGCUGCUGCGCGCGGUGUGGCGGCUAUCCACUUAGCUGGACCAACGAGCUGCCAUGGCAACAUCAAGUCUUCCAACAUCCUGCUCACCGGUACCCACGACGCAUGUGUGUCGGAGCAUGGCCUGAUAACACUUGGCAUGUAUUCCAAUGCCCCCGGCUACCGUGCACCUGAGGUCACCCGCAAUAGGUGGGUCUCCCAGGAAUCUAACGUGUACAGCUUCGGCAUCCUACUGCUGGAGCUUCUCACCCGCAAGUCUCCACUGGAGAAGAGAUUUCAGGAUAACGGGGGAGUAGAUUUGCCACGAUGGGUGUGUUCCAUUACACCUGAGGAGUGGAGAGCAGAGGUAUUCGACGUGGAGCUCCUAGCACGGGGGCAGAAGGACGGGAAAGAGGAGUGCAUGGUGCGACUUAUGCAGCUCGGGCUAAAGUGUUGCAGUCAAGAUGCUGAUUCGAGGCCUACAAUGUCUGAUGUCGUGCAGCGGAUUGAGGAGAUCGGACAGUCCUAA